AUGGUACUUGCCCUGCCCGCUAGCCAUUCUGGCCACCCCGCUUCACCUGCGAGGCAUGCUGUAGUCAUUCUGGCCACCUACGGUACUUGCAUACUCGUUGUAAUUGGGAUGGAUAUUGCCAUUGCUAAAGCUGGUUACACUGGAAAGGUUGUAGUUGGGAUGGAUGUUGCUGCUUCAAAAUUUUAUGAUGACAAGGACAAAACCUAUCACUUGAAUUUUAAGGAAGAGAAUAAUGAUGAAUCACAGAAAAUCUUAGGAGACAACUUAAAGAAUGUGUACAAAUCAUAUGUGGCAGAUUAUCCAAUUGUGUCCAUUGAGGAUCCAUUUGAUCAGGAUGAUUGGGAGCACCAUGUGAAAUUAAUAGUUGAAGUUGGCCAACAAGUCCAUAUUGUUAGUGAUGAUCUCCUCUUCACCAACCCGAAGCGUGUGGACAAAGCAAUCAAGGAGAAGGUUUGUAAUGCCCUUCUGUUGAAGGUAUAA